AUGUGCUGCCUGGCCCAGGGCCCCCUGAGAACCAACUGCGAGCCUGGAAGUUUUGUAAGUGCAGGAUCUGAAGCCUGGGAGACCACUGAGAACCUGGUCCUCCGUGCCCCAGUCCUCGGAGCAGUGCGGAUGGGAAGCGGAAGUGCCCCCAGGCGCCCAGUUCCCACGCCGCAGCCGCCCUGGCCCCGCCUGCUCGCGGUCCCGCUCCUCUGCAGCGCGGCCAGCGGGAUCCACCGACAGCAGUCCUGCACCGCCUCCCUGGGUAGCGCCAGAAGCGAGGCCCAGAUCGGUUGGGGGCUCCCAGCCCUCCAGCCUCCUGGGGACACCGCCCCCAGAGGGCUUCUAGGAGGCAGUGGCCUUGGAUUCGGGCUUGCCAGGGGCAGAAGGGGAGGCCAACAGCACUGGUUGCGCGAGGAGCCCAGGGUGCCAGCGGCGAUGGCAGCCAUCCUCCUGCGGCUUAGGCCCAAGGUGCCAAUAUCUUUUGAGGAUGUGUCUGUGUACUUCACGAAGGCAGAAUGGAAGUUUCUGGACUUCAAACAAAAAGCCCUCUACAAACAGGUGAUGUUAGACAACUACCGGAACUUGGCAUCUCUGGGACUGGCGUGCUCCAAGCCUCACCUGGUGGCCCAGCUGGAGCGAGGGGAAGGUCCCUGGGUGGCCGACCUCCGAUGGAAGGCCGGCGGCAGGCUACAGAGCCCCGGCGCGGCGAGGAGGAACCCAAGGCAGGGUGACACCGCGGCGGCGGCGCAGAGGGGUCCCCAGGGCCGCGGUCCCGCUCCGAGGCCCCAGCGACCCAAGGGCUCCGAGAAGCGGUACUUGUGCCAGCAGUGCGGAAAGUCGUUCAGCCGCAGCUCCAACCUCAUCAAGCACCGCAUCGUCCACAGCGGCGAGAAGCCGUACGCGUGUCCGGAGUGCGGGAAGCAGUUCCGGCGCAGCUUCGCGCUGCUCGAGCACCGGCGCAUCCACAGCGGCGAGAAGCCGUUCGCGUGCGAUGAGUGUGGCAAGACCUUCACGCGCAGCUCCAACCUCGUCAAGCACCAGAUCGUGCACAGCGGCGAGAAGCCCUACUGCUGCGCCGAGUGCGGGAAGCUGUUCCGCCGCAGCUUCGCGCUGCUGGAGCACGAGCGCAUCCACAGCGGCGAGCGGCCCUACGAGUGCGUGCACUGCGGCAAGGCCUUCAGCCGCAGCUCCAACCUCAUCGAGCACGAGCGCACGCACAGCGGCCAGCGGCCCUACCUGUGCGACCAGUGCCCCAAGGCCUUCACGGGCAUCUCGCAGCUCAUCCACCACCAGCGCAGCCACAGCGGCGGCAGGCCCUUCGCGUGCCGGGAGUGCGGGAAGGCGUUCCGCGGCCGCUCGGGCCUCAGCCAGCACCUGCGCGCGCACAGCGGCGAGAAGCCCUACGAAUGCAGCGAGUGCGGCAAGGCCUUCGGCCGCCGCGCCAACCUCUUCAAGCACCAGGCGGUGCACGGCGACCUGCAGCCGGCCCGGCGCCGCGGCCGCGACAGGGGCUCCCGGCGGCGCGGCUGCAUGCUGCUGCUGGGGCGCCGGCGGGGGCCCCGCGCGCCGCGGCCCCGGGAGGCCGGCGAGGGCAGCUCGGCCGAGGCCCGGGGCGGCCGCGGGGGGCCGGCGCAGCACGCGUGCGAGCGCUGCGAGCGGGCGGCCGAGGGCAAGGCGCCGCCCCCUCGCCACUGGCGCGCCGCCGGUGGGAAAGCGUCCUUCCGCCGCUGUCCCCGGGCUCAGCCCGUCGGAGGCGGAGACGGUGGCCCCCGUGCGGGCGGCCCGGCUCCCGCGAAGCCGCAGGAGCCGGCCUCCGCGCCCUGA